CCGCCGCCUGUUUGCAGCGCUGCCAGCCGGCGGGGCCGGGGCCGCGGAGCCGCGGAGCCGCGGAGCGCAGGCCAGGCCGAACCCCGCCGCCGCGCGCGUCACCCCGGCCCCUGCUGGCCCACCGCCAUGGGGGCGUCCGCGCGGCUGCUGCGCGCCGUGAUCAUGGGGGCCCCCGGCUCGGGCAAGGGCACCGUGUCGUCCCGCAUCACCCAGCACUUCGAGCUCAAACACCUCUCCAGCGGGGACCUGCUGCGACAGAACAUGCUGCAGGGCACAGAAAUUGGUGUGUUAGCCAAAACAUUCAUUGACCAAGGCAAGCUCAUCCCCGAUGAUGUCAUGACUCGCCUGGCCCUUCAUGAGCUGAAAAAUCUCACCCAAUAUAACUGGCUGUUGGAUGGUUUCCCAAGGACCCUUCCACAGGCAGAAGCCUUGGAUAAAGCUUAUCAAAUAGACACAGUGAUUAACCUGAAUGUGCCUUUUGAGGUCAUUAAGCAGCGCCUCACUGCCCGCUGGAUUCAUCCAGCCAGUGGCCGAGUCUACAACAUAGAAUUCAACCCUCCCAAAACUGUGGGCAUUGAUGAUCUGACGGGAGAGCCUCUGAUUCAACGGGAGGAUGAUAAACCAGAGACAGUGGUCAAGAGACUGAAAGCUUAUGAAGCCCUAACUGAGCCAGUCCUGGAGUAUUACCAGAAAAAAGGGGUAUUGGAAACAUUUUCUGGAACAGAAACGAAUAAGAUCUGGCCCUAUGUAUAUGCUUUCCUGCAAACGAAAGUUCCACAAACAAACCAGAAAGCCUCGGUUACUCCCUGAAGAGAAAGGGCUAACUAGGAAGAUAACCAGAACCUUCAUCUGCAUUUAACAGCUCCUUUGCCCAAGCCUCAGCAUCUUCUUUGAAAAUCAUGUUUUACUUCUUCUACUGAUCUUUAUUCUGGAUACUACUGUGGAUGUGCCAAAUGAGUCAAGUCUUGAAGUUGCCCUUCUGAAACCAUCUAGGUUUUAGCCAGUUAUCUAUUAAGGGUGUGCAAUGAAAAAAAUGUGAGAUGUUGACUUUUAAAAAAAAAAUUAAAAGAAUUGUUAGUAAUCUUUCUGUUCUCUAAAAGAAGUGGUUGGUAAAAUUAUGAUGUUUUUUUUUCUAGAAAUGUUU